UCUGCCAUACACACACACAGCGACCCGGCGGCCGCAGACAGACUCUGGUUUCUCCGCCACCGGGAGACAAAAUGAGCCUUUAAACCGAGAGUUAAGACAUCAAACCGGAUGCCUCUAUGAUCCAGCUAACCUUAAGAGACAUACAGCGUUCAGUUUGCACAAGAGGUGAGUCAUGGCUGAACCAAACCCCUCCCGUCCCCAAAGGAAGAUGUCCACCGCUGGGGAGAGUGUGUACAAGGUGCUAGGUCUGGAGAAAGGAGCUACAGCUGAGGACAUCAAGAAAGCCUACAGGAAGCUAGCGUUGAAGUACCACCCGGAUAAGAACCCAGACAACCCGGAGGCAGCGGAGAAGUUCAAGGAGAUUAACAACGCCAACUCUAUUCUGAAUGAUGAGACCAAGAGGAAGAUCUACGACGAGUAUGGCUCCAUGGGCCUUUACGUGUCCGAGCAGUUCGGAGAGGAGAGCGUCAAAUAUUACUUCCUCAUGUCCAAAUGGUGGUUUAAGGGUCUGGUACUGUGCUGUACGUUGUUCACCUGCUGCUGCUGUUGCUGCUGCUGCUGUUUCUGCUGUGGGAAGUGUAAACCACCUGACGACGAUGAAAACUACCAGUAUGUCGACCCUGAAGACCUGGAGGCCCAAAUCAAAGCAGAGCAGGAUGGAGGUUACACAGUAAUCAUAGGCCAGCCCACAUCUAAUUUGGGUCCAGAAAGCCCAGAAGGCCAGAGUCAGCCCAUCCCCCUGCCAAUGCCAAUGCCAAUGCCAAUGCCAAUGCCAAUGCCUCCAGCUGAGCCCCAGUCGCCAACCAGUCCAGCAGGGGAAGAAAACCCCGGAGAGACCUUACCAGAGUCGAAAUGACUCGAAAGUGACGGUGUGGAUGAGCCUCAACUAGCGGAAGCAGCCUUUCGAGCCCCUAUUACGAUCCAGCCACAUUCGACCGCUGCCAGCGACGUAGAGAUCAGCCAGCCCGAAGCCACCAGCCAGCCCAGGCCCGCACCUCCAAUCCUGACCUCUCAACCUACCUGAUCAGCCCACUGGACAGCUCCUGUAAGGUGGGCACUUCAGGUCUCCUAGCCCCCUCCAUGAAACUCAAGUGAUGGAGAAGUAUUCAAUUAAACUGCUGGGCUCUGAAAACUCUCACAGAAAAUUUUAGUCUCCUUUCUCCAUCCAACUUGCCUCAUACUUUAGCCUAGUCUGGGCUAGAUGAGAUCUUGCUAGCUGUUCAGUCAUCCAGAGCUAGGCCAUGGCGACAUGCCUGGACUCCUCACUAAUCCAUUCUUGUCAUCCCAUUACAACCAGUAAGGAUGUGACACUGUGCAGCGAGAUGGCAAAAACAGUGCGAUAUGAGGGCAAAAACAACAUGGAAAGGGGGAAGGUUGUCCUCUUUAUUAAUCCACUCUCCAGAUCAGGACUGGAGUUAUCUUUUCUAUUUACUCUCUGCUCCAACCCUCCCAGUCUCCCUCCAUUCUGGACUCCGCUGGUCAGCAACAGGAGCACUUUUUUUACAUUUCCCCCCUCCCCUCCUUUAACUUGUUUUGAAAAGAAGCGCUUUGGGUGAAAUAACUCCAGUAUGGAUUUGGAUGCCACUUGUGACGUGUACACAUCAUCUGACGCCAGCAGCACGACGUUGUGACUGUGGAGGACCUUUUUUUUUUUUCUUUCCCCUCUUCCUCCUCCUUCAGUCUGGCUUUAACAAACAAUCUCAUUCAGUUAAAUGUUGCAUUACCUCCCUCUAACGUUCAUCCUUUGAAAUAAGCUCUCGAUGCCGAGUGUGGUGACACAAAAAAAUAAAACAUCUUCUUUUGAAAGGAGGCGGGAGGACUAAGGCGGCGCAUCGCAGAGCAAAGCUUUCAAUCUGGACAUACUUUUCACAUGAACGCACAAACGUGAAGGGGGAGGGAGGAGGAGAGCGAACAGAAGUGACACAAGUAGAAGUGAGACAUUGUGAUGUUAAAUGUCUGAGCCAAAAACCUGGAGCUGAAGAUUUGGAGCAUGGAUCCGGAGUAGAGUCGAGGCUUUCCUCCCCAACGUGCAUGCGUGUUUUUUCCGGAUGCAUGUCGUCGUCCCCCCCUCCCCCUACUGUACAGCACUGGAUUACAGUACACAACCCCAAUAACCACAAAACAUGAAAGAACUGCCUAGCUUAACCAUACAGACAUGCAGACUACAAUAUAUACAAACACACUCUUGUACCAGCCCGUAUGUCAUCGUGUGCCACCCUCUUGCUAAAAAAAAAAAUAAUACAACCCCCCCAGCAUAAUCUAAUGACUAAAAUGGACAAAAGAAACACAGCUUUCGAUGUUGGAAAAUAACCGUCAUUUCGUUACGUUUUGUCGGACCUGCACAGUCGCAGUUUGACUCUUUGGAAGACCAAAGGCAACAGCUCCAUGUAGCCUACCGACCUGAUGACGACUCCGGUUGAGGUGUCUGGAAAUGCCAUUUGCUCUCUAAGCCACAGUUCAGUUUGUCAAAGUUGUUUGUAUGAUAUGCAUUUGGGUCUAUGCACAUUGUGAAGCGGGUCUGUCGCCAUUUCAUGAGGUUAUCCUUGUUUUUGUUUGUUUUUUAAGCCUCUGUUCAGGUUGUGAAUCUUUUUAUUGCACCUCUUACUUCCAGAAGUACAUGAACCAACCGACUUUAAAGUUACUUGAUAAUCUAUAAACUCAGGUCCAGAUUCACUAAGACUGCAUUGCGAGUGACUUUUCAGUUUUCAUUAAAGUCACAUAAUGUUUUGUUGAGUAUUUCGUCUGUGGUCCAGCACUGAGCAAGCAAUCAGCCCUCUUUACUGCAAAUUUCAGGCCCUUAUUUCAGCUGGAGUCCUGCAUCCAUUUUCACCAUAAAUGUACUUUUCACUGUUCUGUCCUCUCACCUGCUCCCUGACUGCAUGGUGACAGUGAUGUGCCUUGAACAGUAAUUAUAACACAACAGACAAGUCUUGACUCAACAUUUCGAUGCUCCGUGUACGUGUAAGAGUAUUCUGUAGCUGUCGUGUCUUCUAUAGCAUAUAAAUAUAAUCAGAUAUACACGUACAUGAUCAUUCUCUGCUCUCAUAAGCUGAUUUAUUCUUCUUCUCCCUACCUGUGCAAACCUUUAGUGAAUCUGGAUCGGUGUUGUUGUUUCAGCUGUACACAACUACAUUUGACUGUUCCCCUUUUGCAUUUUAGUCAAAUUAGAAAUGAGCAUUCUCCCAUCAGAGCAAUGUUGUCUGCACGCUCAUUGUUAAGGCUGCAGCUAACAAUUCAUCUAUAAUGUCAGAAAACAGUUAAAAAUGACCGUCACAGAUUCCCUGAGCCCGAAGUGACCUCUUCAAAUGUCUGUUUAUGUCAAGACAAAAGGCAAAAAGAUUUAGCUUUCUGUGAGACAAAGUGGCUCAUAAUGAUCAGAGUUAAUUUUCUGUUGAUUGAUUCAUUGAGUAAUAAUCUUUAACGUUUACACUGGAACACCUAAAGGUCCCUUGUUGAGUUAUUCCCACAGUUUGUGACAGCUGUUCAGGAUUUGAGUUGGCGCAGCAAGGUACUAAAUUUAGUGGUUUUUGAUUGGAAUAUUAAGAGCGGUAAUUGGCUGCGUUAAGUCUUUUCUCUACUGAGAGAAGUUUUCCUCUCAGUUUUAAUUAAAUCUAAUUAGUUAGCUGCUCUCAUUAAUCAUUGCUGUGUUCCAUGUGAAGUCAGAAGUCAACCUCGUUGUGGCCCAGCUUGCCAACCGUCUAUAUCAUUGGAACGGGAUUAAGUAAUCUAGUUGGUACUUAUUGUAAUAGCAAAGCAAAGUGCAACUUUCCUCCUCAAGUUAUCAUGUUCAAUAACUUACCACACAGGUGCUUUGAUAGAUUUAACGCACUUUACUUCUGGAACAUGACUUAAUAAUAAUUUCGGCAAGCAUUUGUGCCACUCAUCUCACAUACUUUGUCAUUAAUUGCUUAUUACUGUUUUGUAGUCAGCAUUUCUGUUUUGUUAACUUCUGCAAGAGUCUGUGUGUGUGUGUGUCCUCUGACCUGACGGGAUGGACACGUCUUCCUACAGUACAGUUUAAAACAGUUAAGCCAAAUCUGCGUAUACAAGGGUUCAUUAAACGCCACUAAAGGAAUAGUUCGACAUUUUGGGAAACAUACUUAUUCACUUUCUUUAAGAGAGUUAUUGUGUCACUGUUCCUGGCUAAGAAAUACUAAUAAAGUGUUUUUGUAGUGAUUAAACAAUAUAACUAAUUAAUUAUUGAGCUUCAGAGGUGCAGGUAAGUGCAUUUUGUUACCUACUGACAGAGCCAGGCUCGUCGUUUCCCCUCCGUUUCUAGUCUUUGUGCUAAGCUAAGCUAACAUCUGCUGGCUGUAGCUUCAUAUUUACCGUACAGACACAAGAGUGGCAUCGAUCUUCUCAUCCGAGACUCAAAAAUGUUCAACUAUUCCUUUAAAUCAGAUGCAUUUGAAUUGAGUUUUUUUUUUUUUAAUGCCAAUGGGUUGUUGUGCUGUGGAGAAUUAUCGUCUACUGCGGAGUGCUGUUGCUUCUAGGUGAAUUUUUGUAAUUUUUAAACACAAUUGUCUCUCUUUCUGGUGGCAGGGUGAAAUUUUAAGGGGUAUUCCUUUGUUUUUCUCCCACAAUAAAUAAAGGCCAUAGUGUGUCUGUGUGUCAGGCUGAGGCUUAAAAUGCACUGUUGAGAAGCAAAAGACACAAGACUGCAGUUAAACUCUCUCAGCUGCUAAAACUCCUCAAUAUCGUCUGGUGAACUACAAUACACUAAUGUAGACCUACGCGUUAGGACCAGCAGCCAAGCUCCUUGUUUAAUUUCUGUGAAUUACAAACUGUUCAUAAACCAGCUCACACAAAUAUCUCCAUCUCUUUAUUUCGGCUCUCUCUUCGAUGGAUCACAGAUCGGCUUGUAUUUCUCAGAGUGUCUGUCUGCAAACUCGAAGGUCGUCAUUUCAUCUGAAGUUUUUAACCAUCGAAAGCCAAAACCUGCUAAUUUCAAAUGUCCCGAAACAUUUCAGGAAUAAUUAUUUGUUUGUCUUUCUUCAGAUCUUCUCAAAUGAAAUCACUUCAAUGUAAAAGCGAUGAGGCCAUGGAGCACUGAAAGAAGACAUAUUAUUUAUUAUUUUUGUAAUUGUUGUAAAUAAAUCAUAAAACAGAAAAAUAACUUACAGAAUUUCCUUAUUGUUAAUGGACAUGUUUUAUGAAUUAAUGUAUGUUUUAAACGGUGUACAUACAUUUAUAAUUUUUUUUUAUUUGUCACAUAGAAAUACCUUAAUUUGAAAUUAAUAAUACUAAAAGGGUUGUCGGUGGUAGGAGGUCAACUUAUUGGUCAACUUAGGUUUUAAAUGACGAACGCAGAGCUAACGUUCUUCCAAGGACAGAUGGAUGGUUUUGUGUGUGUGUGUUCUCAUUAUUCUCAGUUGACCAGUGAGACAAUCUCCCACAAAUGCUGUAUUUCUCUAACGAGUGGCGAGAACAUAUUAAAAUGUAAAAAGUAGAACAACAUGACGAGGAAGUUUUUUUCAAAGUAGAUAUUGUUGUUUUUUUGUUUUUUUGGGGGGCGGGGAUGUGUCACUCACUGUUGUGGUUCCCUGUGGACGAUCUGUAAAUGAGUUAUUAUGAAAUUCAACCUAAUAAAAAAGGGGGAUUUUAUAACUUCC